AUGGCUUGGGAAGAUGGUCCUCGGCUAUUGGCAUCCAGACCCGACCCGGUGCAAGUCAGCACUGCGCCAACAGUUGUUGGCGCAAAUGCCCCAGCUCAAUCUGCUCCUCCUGUCAAGACGGUGAUGUCUGCUUCUGCUGCCCCGGGUGCAGCGGCAGUAAAACCGGCAUCUGCGAUGGGGAUCCCCGCGAACCCUCCCCCCGCUACCCCCAGUGCACCAGCACCAUCUGAGACCACGCCCAAGAAGGUGACUGCUGCCCGAUCUAGCUUCUAUGCCGCCAAAACUACCCCCACAACUCCCUUGGCCCCACCCCGCUAA